GAUGGCCAAACAGGCCCUAAAAAUCUCCAAAUUGUAUUAAACCCCAAUCCUACAGCAACCCUAAAAAAACCUCUCUUUGCCGCCGAGCUAAUCGGCCACUCCCAAUUAUACUCAAGUUAAUUUCACAGCUAUGCCGAAGCAUUAUAGACCUGCUGGGAAGAAAAAAGAAGGAAAUGCAGCGAGAUAUAUGACAAGAUCACAAGCUGUGAAAUACCUUCAAGUUAGUUUAUCACUCUUCAGGAAGCUAUGUAUCUUGAAAGGUAUUUUCCCCCGUGAGCCCAAGAAGAAGGUUAAGGGAAACCACCAUACCUACUAUCACACCAAAGAUAUUUUGUUCCUUAAACAUGAGCCGUUACUUGAGAAGUUCAGAGAAAUGCGAGCAUAUGAGAAGAAGAUUAAGAAAGCAGUCUCAAAGAAAAACCGGGAUCUUGCUGAACGCCUGCUAACUCGCAAGCCCAGUUAUACCCUUGACAUGCUUAUUCGAGAGAGGUACCCUAAAUUCAUUGAUGCACUUAGAGAUUUGGAUGACUGCCUUAGUAUGGUACACUUGUUUGCUGCAUUGCCUGCUGUCGAGAGAGAGAAGAUACCGGUAAAGCGUGUCCAUAACUGUCGAAGGUUGGGUCAUGAAUGGCAGGCCUACAUUUCUCGCACUCACAGACUGAGGAAAACAUUUAUAUCAGUGAAAGGAAUAUAUUACCAGGCAGAAAUAGAUGGGCAGAAAAUCACUUGGUUAACUCCACAUGCGUUGCAACAAGUACUUCCUGAUGAUGUUGACUACAACAUCAUGCUGACUUUCUUGGAAUUUUAUGAGACACUCCUAGCUUUUGUUAAUUUCAAGCUUUACCAUUCAAUAAAUGUGAAGUAUCCUCCCAUUCUUGAUCCUCGGCUUGAAGCUUUAGCUGCCGAUCUUUAUGCAUUAUCCAGGUACUUCGAUAACAGAGCCUCCCUGCCAGAGUCAAAAGCUACUAGCUUGUCUGAAUCUGACGCGAGUAAGGACCUGGGAGAGGGGCCAAACUAUGAGGAAUCUGAACUUAGACUGGCUCAACUUCAACAACAGCUUACUUCCAAUGAACUAGGUGCAUUAAUGCACCUUGUUCAAAAUGCUGCGGAAACUGAUGAAGAUGAUUCCGAAACCAGGGAAUGCAAAACACUUUUCAAGGAUAUCAAGUUCUUCUUGAGUCGUGAGGUUCCCAGAGAGUCAUUGUUGUUUGUUAUCCCUGCUUUUGGUGGUGUCGUUUCUUGGGAUGGAGAAGGGGCACCAUUUAAAGAGACUGACCAGAGUAUUACUCAUCAGAUUGUUGACCGGCCAACUCAGGGCCACAAAUUCCUUUCCCGAGAAUAUGUCCAGCCACAGUGGAUUUAUGAUUGUGUUAAUGCACGCAUCCUUUUACCAGUUGAGGAAUAUAUUGUGGGAAGGAUUCCUCCGCCACACUUAUCACCUUUUGUUGAUAAUGAGGCCGAAGGCUAUGUUCCUGAAUAUGCAGAGACGAUCAAGCGUCUACAGGCAGCUGCAAGAAAAGAAGUGCUUCCAAUGCCAGGGGUUGGCAAAGAGGAUUUGGACGACCCUCAAAAUUUACUUGUGGAAGGUGUCAUCGACCGUGCUGAAGCUAUUGAAGCUGCCGAGAAAAAGCGCAAGAUGUCAGUUCUUCAGAAGCAGUAUCAUGACGAACUGAAAAAAGAACUUCGAAGUACCCAAAUUUCUGCUGCUUCAGAUGGGAAUAAGGAGAGUGUUUCUGAGCACGUUGAUACUGGAGAAGAUUCUCUUCCAGAUUUAAGUCAAAUUUCCAAGGAUGCAGAUAGCAUGUCCAACGUUCUCAUGCCACGUAAAAAGCAGAAGUUACUAAAAGCUAUGAAGAUCGGCCAAGAGAGGAAACAAGCUAGUGUUGAUCGUUUGAAAGAGAGGAAGAGAAAAAUUGAAGAAGGAAAGAAAUAAGAGAAAUAAGCAAAGCAACGAGUGCCGUGAUCUGAAAUUGUUCACUGUGCUGUGCUGUUUAUCGUUUUUUUCCUUUCGGAUUGUUAGUUCUAUUAGACUUAUUGUACAUUACUGCCAAUUGGCUAAAAUUUUGCUAUUGUAGGUGUGUUAUGUUUAGCGUUGUAUGUCUUAAUUGAAUACCGGCUUAAUACAUACACCUUUUUCCUGGA